UCAGGUAUUAAUGGGUGUGUAUCGUGUAGUUAGCGCACAGACAUGGUUCCACAUGGAAAACUAGUGUUGUAACCUUGACUGACUAGUGACUUUGUUUGAGAACAGCGAGCAACAUGCAGGCUGCUAUGGAUAUCACGGCCAAGUAUUGCCACAAAGAAAUGGAGGCAUACGGAGCAUGUGUGUCCUCAAACCCAUCAACCUGGCAGCAAAAAUGCCAUGAAGUGAAGAUGAAGGUUGCAGAGUGCACAUCAUCACACCCAGUGAUCCAGAAGAUCAGACAGGACUGUUCCACGGAGUUUGUAAAGUUUGACCGCUGCCUGAGAGAAAACCAGGAUAAACCUACCUCCUGUUCACCACAUGUGGCUCGCUUCCUGGGCUGUGCAGAGACAGUGGACCUCAGUGGACUGGCUACAAAUCCAGUGCCUCAGUCAUCGUGACAUUCAUCUUCUGUCACCUUCGAUUACACCUGUCCUCCAGAAGCUCAGAGUCAGAGUCAAAUAUUAAACUGGAAUGUAUCACUCCCACACAAACUCUCCUGACUACCCAAUGACUGCGAAAUAGGGAGUCUGGGAAGAAAGGGGAAGGAGGAGGCUGUCCACCUCUAAUCAGCAGGACUACUGAGAGAGACAAAGGGAGGAUGUUGAGUUAUGAGCCCUGUGACCACCAAGCAGAACGAUCCUUUUCUGGUUCAAUUAUUAAAGCACUGAAGGGGGUAAUGGAGGGGAAAUGAUUCAUUCUUUUCAAGUGUAAUAUCUUCAGUUCAUACCAGAUAAGCAAGUGAUCAGUGUAUCAUCAUGUAUUGUAUUUGGGGCAAAUAAAGCAAGUGCACCUCAAAGAUGAAACU